AGGUUGUCAUAAAAUAACACUUGAAAAUAAUGGAGUUUAUUCAGUAAUUGGUAAUUGCAACAGAACUUGUUCCUGGAUUAUUCCUCCUAAAGAACAGGAUGAAAAAAUAUUAUCUUUUCAUUUUUUUUCAAUUGCUCUUGACCCCAUGGAUUACGUAAAUAUUUACCAAUUAGAUGACAAGAUGACUUUUGUUGAAAACAUUAAAUACAAUCAUAAUCUUAUGCCAAAUAUAUAUUUACCCGCAUCUCUUGGAGCUUACCUGAACAUAACAAGAGGUGUCUGCUUGUCAUCUGGCAAAGAAUCCACUGUGUUUUUGUCAAGCUUUCAAACUUUAAAAAGUUGUUCAUCAGAUAUUUUAAUUAAGUCUGGAAGUAAAAUUGAAAUAACUUCUCCUAAUUUUCCUGAUGCUUAUUCAUUUCGAUCUCACUGCUGGACAAAUAUCUCAAGAUCUACAACAAAAGAUUUUUUAUAUUUGUCAUUUAAAAUGUUUCAUUUGGCAGACAGACACUGUGUUAAAAUUCAUGACACUAAAAAUGAUAAAACUUUUGUUUAUAAUAAUAAUAAUGCAAAUGAUCUUCUGAUAUACUCUGAUGUUGCAUUAGAAUUAUUGGCCUGGUCAUGUAAUUCCUCAGAAGAGUCUGGUUCUAAAAUGUCUACGGGAAUUGGUUAUUAUGCUGAUGUUUAUUCCACAGAUUGUGGAGGAGUAUUUAGAACUCUAGAAGGUAGUUUUAGUACACCAGGAUUUCCAGAUAAAAUGACAGGAAAUUCAAAGUGCAUUUGGAAGAUAGAAAUAACAGAACAAAAGAAUAAUAAUACUGCUUAUCUUAUAGCAUUUUCAAUUGAAUGGAAAUAUGAGAAAAGGUCAAUAGAAGUUUAUGACGGUCCCUCAUUACAAAAUGAUACUUUAACAAAUCUAACUGGAGAAGUAUUGAGUAAAACUAAUUCCAUUUUAAUUUUGUACGAUAAUAAUGAAACUCUAUCAUCUGCAUUCACUGUCCAUUAUCAAGCAAGGCUCUGUUCCAAUUUGUGCGACAACGGAAUUUGCAUGCACCCAGACUGGCCCUGCAACGGAAUUAACCAAUGCGGAGACUACAGCGACGAGAGAGACUGCCGAGGAAGGCCGCCGCUUCCUCCCCCCGUUCCUCCCACUAUAAAUAAUAUUAAAACCGGAGCUUCCUAUUGGAUUCUGGCCGGAAUUCCGGGUGGCUUCGUACUAGGAAUCGUUUCCUUCUUGGCCGGUGUGUUCGCCUUGAAAAAGUAUCGAGAGAGAAGACAGAACAGCUAUUCUACUUUUCCCGUCUACGAUUAAUAAAGUCUUACGCCGUCUUUGUUCUUACGAAAUAAUUAGAGGAAAAGGUGGUAUUAUGGAACCACCCCAUUUCGAACCGAACUAGGCGGACAUCCGUAGCCAGGGGAAAACCCGUUUUACUUCGGUUAAACGGUCGUCCGUAUUUAAUCGGCAAAUUUGUUUUUUUUCAAAAUUAAGCGAAUUUAAUUAUUUUUAAAAUAUAAAUGGUGUAGCUGUAGGUUGACCGGUUCCAGAAACUUAGGGGCACGUAUUCAUCCGCGCGACGAUCACGUUUUUUUAAAUUUCGGUCUCGACUGACGUAAGUUAAUUCGAGAUGGCGAUGCGUGAAAUACGGACCCCUUUGGUGCUUUUACGGUAAUACGGAACUUUCUCUUUGCCAGCGGACGUUCGUCCGGAGCAAUUUGUGAAAAAGACAAGGUAGAAAGUCGAGAGAAUAUCGAAAAAGAAGCCUUCAAAAA